AUGGACACUAAUAAUUAUGAUAUUUAUUUUAAAGGGCUUUCACUUCCAAGACAUGUUAUCUAUUUUGAUAAAGAUAAAAAAAUAAGACUCCUUAUAAGAUACAAUACUAUACAAGCUUGGUGUGAUGAAAAGCUCGAAUUUAUUCACAUUGUCAAUGAUAACCCCGUUGAGCCAGAAGCACCUUAUGAGAAGUUCAAAAUUAUCAAAAUUAAAUAUGGUGUAAACAAAUUUGAUCUUCUGAUUAGUAAAGAGGAAGGAAAAGACAUUCAGAUAAAAAUAGAACUUGAUGAUGAUAUUAUCUAUAUAGUAAGAAGUGCAAUCGAUGCGCUUAUAUAUUUGGAUAGUAAAAGUAAAUCUGCUAAUCUUGCUGUACGUGGUAAACGUAUAGCAUAUAACUAUAUAACUAAUGAAAAUGAAUCAACUGAUGGUUCUGAAAAAUGUAUUUCACAAAUCCUUUCUGUGAUCUCAAUAAGUGAUAACGAAAGUAAUACCGAACAUAACAUUAAAACUAAAUUUAAAAAAAUUAAAAACAUUAUUUCAAGACGCUCUUUAAGUGAUAAAAGUACUAAAAAGCGUCCUCUUCAUUCGUGGCAAGUUUCAUUAGAAGAAAUUUUACCUGAUGAUGAAACGAACAUCGAUACGACAAUUCUUACAUUUUUCCUAGAAUAUUAUUCAAACAAUGCGAUGGAUAACAUUGGGUGGAUGAACGCCGUGUCUGAGAUCAUAUCAUUAUUAUACGAAAAGAAUCUUGAUUUGUCUAGUUUCAAGCUUCAUGAAAUUAAGAAAAAUUCCAAAAAUUCUUUAAAAGUUUAUAUUCCUAUAACGCAACUCAUUCCUCGUGAUACAAAGUUAGGCCUUAAAUAUAUCAGUGAUGAUGAAAUUCCUUACAUUAGAAUGGUACCUUUUAUUGAUUUUGCAAUAAAUAAAAAAACCCUGGAUCCAAUGGAUUAUUUUCAGAAAGCUAUUACAAAAUUUCUUUUGCCUGGAAAAUACUCAUCUUUUGAAACUAAAAACUAUAGCCCUUUUAUUCGACUCUUAAUAAAUAUGGAUGUAGAUGAUACAUUUUAUGAUAACCCCUCAAUGGAAGCUGUCAUGAAUUGGGUGUGGUAUUCUACUAAAUCUCAUUGGAAUUAUGCUUUACAAAUUUAUCUUAUAUACCUUUUAUCAUAUUCGAUUAUUUCCUGGGCAUACAUUUCACAUAUUGAGGUGCAACAAUUUAUGUUUUAUGGGAAGAAAUAUGUCGUAGAUUAUUUCAACUGGAUGGAUAAUAUUGCCACUUUUUUACCUACAAUCCUCUCUUCUUAUUUUUUUCUUGCUGCGAAAGAAAAAAGUAGACGAGUUGUGUUCCAACUUCAAACCAACUUAAUUAGAGAUUAUGCUAUGCUCGAAGGAUCUUAUACUACCUCUAAAACGAGUGCCUUUGACUAUAAAUUUAAGUAUAAUCUAAAUGUAAAGUAUAUAUGCUUUUUAGAUGAACCAUCGCUCACAAAAACAUGGAAUGAAAAAUCACAUGAAUCAAGUGCGCGACGGUUCGAUAUAUACAAUGUAGUUUUUAAGCAAGUUAUGGAAUUGAAUAUCGAUACUGAUGAAGUUGGUUUAUUUGGUUUGGGCCAAAAUCCAAAAGUCACCAAUCGAGAACUACCCCUG